AUGUCGGGUUCAUCAAAUUUGCUUACAGAGGUCAGACAAUACUGGAUCAACGAAGGGUUUUUUGGGUCCAUGAUGUGUGCGGACCCUAAAACCCUACUUGAAUCCUGCAUUGCUCUGAAAUGCAUGUCCAAUUACAGUGAUGGCAUCGAGAAGAAUCCAGUCUUGAUGGUCUGUGGCAAAGCCACUGGCGGUGCUCGCAUUUACAGUUCGACUGUGUUUGGUCCGACGUGUGAUUCGGCUGACAAGGUGUUGGAGGGUGACCAGUUACCAGAACUGGAGGUGAAUAAUUUGCUGGUGUUUCGCAACAUGGGUGUUUAUACGUCGGCGUGUAGCAGCCACUUCAAUGGUUUUGGCUCCGCCAAGAUCACCCAUCUUACUAAUUAA